AUGAAGACCAAGGAGCUCUGCGAACAGAUCAGGGAUAAAGUUGAAAAAGGAAACAUUGCAGUUAUAUUUAAUGUUGGAACGGACGACAUAAAUAUCGAGGAAACAGCAAAGUUUGUAAAUGAUGGAAAGUACCAUAUAGUGAAGUUUACGCGGAGUGGCGGUAACGCCACACUACAGGUGGAUGACCUACCUGUCAUAGAGCGCUAUCCCACAGGCAACAAUGAUAACGAACGCCUGGCGAUUGCUAGACAGCGAAUCCCAUAUCGACUUGGUCGAGUAGUUGACGAAUGGCUACUCGACAAAGGUCGGCAGCUCACUAUCUUCAACAGCCAGACCACCAUACAGAUAGGUGGCUGGGACAGGGACAGGAGUCGCUCGUUUCAGGGCCAGCUCUCAGGCCUCUACUAUAACGGGCUGAAGGUGUUCAACAUGGCCACGGAAGGAGAUCCUAACAUCCGCAUCCAGGGGAGCGUGAGACUGGUGGGAGAGUCACCCUCUUCCAUCACGCCACAGUCCAGUGCCAAUACGGACAACCGGUCGGAGACGUCCACCUCCAUUAUGGAGAUCACCACCACAAUGGCGUCCAGUAGGAAAGUGAAGCAGACGACGCCACGGGAACCUCAUCAGAUGACCUCAGAGCUUGCAGCAGGGAUGCCAUGUCGGGGUGUUGCCGGGACGAUGGUGGUGAUGGCGGUUGCCAGAACUUCCUGCUCCCUGAGGCAGACAAAUGCCCCCUGGGCUGUGCCCUAUGAGCACGGAGGCAGAAAACGCCCCCUGGGGCUUGUGCCCUAUGAGCACGGAGGCAAGAAAAACGCCUUGGGGCUGUGCCUAAUGAGCAACGGAGGCAGAAAAACGCCCCCUGGGGCUGUGCCUAUGAGCACGGAGGCAGAAAACGCCCCCUGGGCUGUGCCCUCAUGA